AUCUUGAAAUUAGAGAAGUUUAAAAAAAAGUAUAUUUUCUCAUUUGAUGAUGUUUUUUCAGAUGGCAUCUUUAUCAGCUUCAGCCCUUCUAAUGAAAAACAGGGGUCAUGGCCAUCUGACAGGAAGUCAAGUGUGGCAUUUCAGAAUGAAAGCACCACAAGGAGUCUCCAUUUCAGCAUUCAGAAAGGAUGGUCAGGAUUUGAUGGAAACUACAUAAACGCAUGGCUCCAUCCUGUGAGUGAGGCUUCCUGUGAUGAUGUCACACUUUGCCGCCAGGUGACGGACCAUCCAGGGUUCAGGUCCAGGAGUGGAAAGCGGUCCAAUCCCAUUAGGACUGAGAUGUCUCUAGUUACAUAAGGAGCAGCAGGUUAAUCUGAUCUGCAUCCAGGUGAUCCUCACUCUGCUCGCAGUCUCCAUGGCGUCCACAUGAAGCUCUGACCAGAAGUCUGGGACAUCGCCAUGGCGAAGCCAGAACUGCUGUCCAUCGUCCUGCUGGGUGUCCUCCUGUUGGCUGUGAACGUGUCAGGAUGGCGCCAGACAGAUGAGACGGAGGACAGCAGAGAGUUGCUGAUGACCCUACAGAACGUUCUGGAGAAGCUUCAGAGCAGAAAGUUUUCAACGUUGGACCGAAGACAGAGCCGUCUCCCGCCUUGCUCAGUGGGGGCAUGGUGCUCGGUGAAAAAGGGUCCUCGUUUUGGUCCCCUGUGUGACUGCCAGCAAGGAUCCAGGUGUAACUUCUUCUUCCGGAAGUGUCUCUGACCUUCAUGACCUCGUCCUGCUUGUCUUCUGAUCCAGAGAGAUGUGGACCGCACCGGUCCAGUCUGAACAGAACCAGCUUAUACAUCCAGACCAGGAUCAGAGCAACAGACUGAACAAUGUGAUGACAUCACUGUGACAUCAUCACAGUACCAUGUGAUCUCAGAGUUCUGUCUGCAGGUUUUCUAAUAAAAUGACUGAUCGGGUCCUUGUUGUGUUUGUUCAUCAACAGCAGCAGAACCGGACGGAGUCUGAGAACAUCUGAAGGGACCGACUCAGCAGGGAACAUCUUUAUUUAUUUUUCUCAAACAAUGGAACAAAAGUUCAGCCUCAGUAGUCAGAGUUUCUACACAUAGUGAGGUCAGUGAAGUACACACAACCAGAUGAGUUCAAAUGAGUAAACAAGCCCUUAAAACAACAACAUCAAAGAAAAACCUGCUGAGAUCAACCAAACUUCCCCUAAACGCAGGAACCAAUCACCAGUCACAUCUCUGCUUGUGUCACUAACCCGUCUACCCGUCCAGAACCAG